CUAAACAAACGGACAACUUAGAUUUGACCACAAACUCGAGAGUAGUGCGGUUGCUAGGAGCGACCUGACAAUCGUUGACGAGUUGUCCCCCCCCUCCUCUCUUCUCUACUUCAACACUCGGAAGCAGAUAUCCAAGCAGAUAUCCAUCACAGUUCACUAUGGCUUCUGCAGUUGCUACCGGCGUUCCGCGCCAGAACCCCGCCCUUCGGCGAACCAUGACAUCCACCACCACGGACACCGAUGUCUCGUCGCCUUCUACUGCUAUCGGGUCCCCAAACGACUCUCCUCAGCCCUCCGCGUCUUCUACCUCUCUCUCCUCCAUGUCAUCUCUCGAACCCAACAGCGCUCUUCACGGCAAGCUGAUUGACACGUACGGCAACGAUUUCGAGAUCCCCGACUACACCAUUAAGGAUAUCCACGAUGCUAUCCCCAAGCAUUGCUUUGAGCGAUCUGCCGUCAAGAGCUUCUAUUACGUCUUCCGAGAUAUCGCCCAGUUGGCCAUCACUUUCUACCUCUUUCACACCUAUGUGACCCCAGAGAAUGUACCGAAUACCCCUGCUCGUUUUGCCUUGUGGGGUUUGUACACCUUCCUCCAGGGUCUUUCUGGAACCGGUAUCUGGGUAUUGGCACACGAGUGCGGCCACCAGUCUUUCAGCCCCUCCAAAGUUCUGAACGACUCUGUUGGCUGGGUACUACACUCUUCUCUAUUGGUCCCGUAUUUCAGCUGGAAGAUCUCGCACGGCAAGCAUCACAAGGCGACUGGCCACAUCGAGCGCGAUAUGGUCUUCGUUCCCAAGACUCGCGAAGAGAAGGCCAGCCGCUUGGGCAAGCUCGUUCACGAACUCGCAGAGCUCGGCGAGGAGACGCCUAUCGUGACCCUUCUCAGCCUUGCUGGCCAACAGCUUAUCGGUUGGCCCAACUACCUCCUUACCAACGUCACGGGGCACAACUUCCACGAGCGCCAGAGAGAGGGACGUGGCAAGGGCAAGAGCAACGGCUUCUUCGGUGGUGUCAAUCACUUCAACCCAUCCAGCCCCCUUUUCGAGGCCAAGGAUGCGAAAUUGAUCGUUCUAAGCGACCUGGGCUUGGCUAUCACCACCUCAGUCUUGGUCCUACUCGGCAAUAAGUUUGGCUGGGGAAAUCUAUUCGUGUGGUAUUUCCUACCGUACUUUUGGGUCAACCACUGGUUGGUUGCCAUCACUUUCCUCCAGCAUACCGAUCCGUCUCUGCCUCACUACAAGCCUGAGUCAUGGAACUAUGUCCGUGGCGCCGCUGCGACAAUCGACCGCGAGUUCGGAUUCAUCGGUCGCACGUUGAUGCACGGCAUCAUCGAAACACACGUCCUUCAUCACUACGUUUCCACUAUCCCAUUUUACAAUGCCGACGAGGCUAGUGAAUCUAUCCAGAAGGUAAUGGGUCGCCACUACCGGUCGGAUACUAGGGGUGGUUCGCUUGGCUUUAUCAAGGCCAUGUGGCGCAGUGCCAGGAUGUGCCAGUGGGUUGAGCCUAGCGAGGGCGCUAAGGGUGAAGGAAAAGGUGUCCUAUUCUUCAGGAACUCGAAUGGCUUGGGCACAAAGCCGAUGAAGAUAAGUCCCCCUCAGAAAGGGAUGAAGAUUGGCACAGACGAGUAAGGGAACCCAGUUUGACCAUCUUAAAAACCGACACGGCUACAGCGGGGUUCUGCCAACUGCGACCCUUGUACAGCAGUGUAACGAGGGUUGGAUAAUGUCGAGCCAGGAGGGUAUACAUCAAACGGCGGAGCGUUUGGCUUCGAGGGCUGAAUGUUAGAUUAUGGCAUUCAUCGCAGCCAGCAAAGGCGCGAAUUAAGAUCGAGCUCCCUAUUCUUUCCUGCACUUUGAAGAAGCAGAAGAAAAAAGGUUACGUAAAAACGGGGGUCAUUAAAACGAAGGAUGCGAAAUGAAAUAGAUAUAGACUAGAAAGCUAGCCCUCAUGAUAAAUGUAAUAUCUUGAACAACAGUAAAGUAAGGCCGCUUUGGGAACUAUUCAGUAGUAAAUGUAGACUGCGGGGUAUAGGUAUUUAGGAGACAGCUUGACAUAACG